CCGCUCCCCACCCCCCGAGCUACCUGUGCGCCCCACCCCGUGCGCCUGCUCUGUGACUCAGUUUCCCUUGCUGCACCAUGGAGCGAGUGAUCCUGCCCCACCCCAGUGUGCUGGGGGGCAGGAGGGCGAGUGUGUGAUGUCCUGAUUUUGGCUGGAGGUUGCAGAGAAACCAUCUGAUGGGGAAGAAAGGGGCCAAGUGCAUCACGGGCUUCCUGGGGCUGCAGCCCCCAGCGCAGUUCCUCAUUCCCCUCGCACUCGGGCCUCAGGCUCGGUGGAGCUCAGCACUGGGGUGUUGGUGGCAGCGCUGAGGGGCCCCCACUGCCCCCAUCAUGGCAUCUGCUCUCACCGUCCUCCUCCUCGGCUGCUGGCUGGCCGGGCACAGCGGGGUGUGGGGAGAGCCCAGCUACCCCAAACCCAACAUCUCUGGGAUCCCCAGCGAGGGGGUUUCCUUGGGGAAAUCCGUGAGCAUCUGGUGUAAGGGGCAGCACCAGGCCGUGCAGUUCAUGCUGAAUAAAGAUGGACGCCACAUCCAAAGUGUGGAUGCGAACUCACAGGCUCUGUUUCUCAUCAACAUCGUGAGCCAGGAGCAAGGCGGGAACUACAGCUGCUCCUAUCGCAGCAAAUCGGAGCCGUUCAAUGUGUCGUACCCCAGCGACCCCGUGGAGCUGGUGGUGAGAGAUCCCAACUUACCCAGACCCAACAUCUCUCUGAGCCCCACUGGGGUCCCCGCCCCAGGGGCAGACGUCACCAUCCGGUGUGAGGGGCAGCGCCGGGACGUGAGGUUCUUCCUGCACAAGGCUGGAGACCUGAACCUGCAGUCCCUGGGGGGAGCCGUGGCCAUCUGGUGUCGGGGGCAGCGCCGGGGCGUGCGGUUCGUGCUGAAUAAAGAGGGACGUAAUUUCCGACCUGUGGAUUCAGACGAGUCUGAGGUUGUGUUUCCCAUCAGCAACGUGAGCUGGGAGGAUGGCGGGAGCUACAGCUGCUCCUAUCACAGCAGAUCGGAGCCGUUCAACGUGUCGCACCCCAGUGACCCCGUGGAGCUGGUGGUGAGAGAUCCCAGCUUACCCAGACCCUCCAUCUCCCUUCCGCAUCCCCAGCGUGGAGAGCCCUUCGUCUCCUCGCAGCCCAGCGACCCCGUGCAGCUGGUGGUAGCAGCAGCCCCCCUGGAUUUCACCAACACCAACAUCACCCGCCUGGUGCUGAGCGCCGCGGUCCUGCUCGUCCUGGGGCUGAUCCUGGCCGAGGCCUAUUACAGCCGCCUGAGAGGGGCCCCUAGGAGCCUGGAUCCGGCCCUGCAGGGAAGAGACUCUCCCUGGGGGACAAGUGGAUUCCUCAUGGGGUGCGGAGACGCUGGCGCAAACGCCCUGCCCCCAAACACCCCUGUCUCGGAGAAUCCCCCCACCAAACAGCUCCCGAGCUGACAGUGGUGUGACGGGUUCGGUCACAGAGACCCCCUUGGGACUGUCACCUGAUGGGCUGAGACUCCCUCUGAGCCCUUUUUCUCUGCCACUUUGGGUCUCCAGAAACCUGCCUUGUUGAGCAGGACACACUAGCCAGCUGCAAACACAGACCCAGGGUCUGAACUGUGCCCCCAAAGCUGCACUUAACUGAAAACAGCUUAAGAAGUGCUCCUGUCUUCAGCACCCAGACACUCGGCUCCCAAUGGGAGCCAAGCCCCAAAUCAAUCCAUUUUACUCUGUAAAGCUUAUACAGGGUGAACUCAUAAAUCAUCCGCCCUCUAUAACACUGAUAGAGAGAUUUGCACAGCUGUUUGCUCCCCCAGGUAUUAAUCACU